UUCAUUCAGGCUGUGAGACAGACUUUACAGCGGCGGAGGGGAGUGGAAGUCUGCACUCUGGGGGGAAAACCGCUCCAAAAGUCCGCUCCACGGGAAGUUUGAGGAGUAGAAGCAGGCUGAAAAAUCAGAAGCUCCUCUCUGCGCGCGUAAUUACGCACUGGAACGGCUUCUUCUGUCAUCCCAAGGCUCAAACCAUCAAAUGAUAAUGACACCUACGGAGCGAUGAUGAUGACUAGCCACAAAAUCUCCUUUUCCAUAGAUGAUAUAUUGGAUCCGAACAAGUUUAACAGCAAAAGGGCAAACGAACUUCCCAUCGCCAAGGAGAAGUUUACUGCGCCAGAUGCAGAGGGAACAAGUUUGGAAUGGGACAGCGCAGCGGUAAGAGGCUUCGGAGAGGAGCGCGCAGAUGCAGGAGAGGACACAGCAGAUGAAGACUCCAGUGAUCCAACAGUCCUCCCUGAUCCCAUCCUAACGUGUUCCCCCUGCGAGCACGAGGACUCCUGCAAGAAGACUGUGGCCACCCCGCAGGACCCCCCACCGCACAAGCGGCGUCGAGCAGACCAGGCGUGCGCCAAACCGCGACGCGCCAGAACGGCGUUCACUUACGAACAGCUGGUGGCUCUGGAGAACAAGUUCCGCGCUACUCGGUAUCUGUCAGUGUGCGAGAGACUGAACCUGGCUCUGUCCCUGAGUCUGACCGAAACGCAGGUGAAGAUCUGGUUCCAGAACAGGAGGACCAAGUGGAAAAAACAGAACCCUGGAGCAGACAGCACCUUGCAGACCGGCUCCAGCUCCCUGGUCAGCGUCAGUCCAAACCCACCAUCCUGCGGCUCAGGCUCCGGCGCCUUCCACCAAACUUUCUCCAACUUCACCUCUGGGAGUGUGAUUUUCCACACAGCUGGAGGUGUUCCGCUUUCAUCCACUGGGGGGCUCCUGCAUCCUUUUAUGCCAAGUGGAUUCGUCCAGCCGACUUACUUUAACUGACAUAACAUUAAACCGAGACUGAUUCUUAGACUUUAAGCCAACUCCUUUUUUAAUAUUAUUUUUUCUUUUUUGCAAAAAAAUAUUUUCACUAUUGAAAAUAUGAACUCUUCAUGCUAUGAUAAUGUUUUAAUGUUUCAUUGAUGUUUAGCAAGUUUACACAAUAGACCAGAGGGUUUUAAAGUGUGUAAAUCUAGGAUUUUAAAUGUUGUUUCAUAUCUUGAUGGUGUAAAAGAGAUACGUAUGAACCAAUCUGAGUUCUUCUGACAAAACACUGUCUGUCUGUAUUCGCUGGAAUAUCCCAAUACUGUACUCUGUAGGUCCAACUGUGGCACACUUGUCCAUAUUUUGCACACUGUGAACAACAUUUCCGUUCUGCAAAGAUCUGGAGAACAGGUUGGUAUAAAUGACACAAAUGAUAGUUUGCAUGGCUGUCUUUGUCCAAGGUGCAUUGGAAAUAAACUUUUAUUUUCGUUUUAA